CUCUUGGCCACCGUCGCCACCGUCGGUCGUCGCAUUCCCUCAAGUUGUACCGGCCUACCAUAUACAAUGCGUAUGCGCUUUGAACACGACGAACCGCCUACACACAUACACCCUCCGUACUUCAGCUAGCAUCCAACCCAUCUGGAGGCCCGAGUGCAGCGAGUGCUGUGCCACCACUGUCUUGUCACCUUCGAGGUCAUCUCUCUCUCCGCUAAUAUUGUCUCGACGCCGGCCGCAUCGAAUCAACCGUCGUGAACAAUGUUCCGCAGAGGCCCGGGACAAAGCAGGACGUACCGCUAGGGUCUCCGUCUGCUGUUCACACAUCGCUGCGAGAAUGACGGCACCACCUGACCCUCGUCCGAUAAUUAUCCCUGCUAGGCAUCCCGACUCAAAAUUGGCUCAGACCGAUGCAUCCCAUCACAUAAAUACGCCGAAUGUUGCUGCUGAGCUUUGCUUGCUGUGGUAGUUUCCGUGCCCGCAACGAUGCGCCUCCUCGCUCUCACUUGCUUGGCUUCGCUCGCGUCUUUGGCAACGGCUGUGACGCAGAAGCGUGCCACCCCUGAAGGUUUUGUGACCACCAAUGGACAGGCCUUUGAGCUAGAUGGCGAGCCAUUCUACUAUAUGGGCACAAACGCCUUCUGGCUUGGGCUUUUGACUAGCCCCGAGGAUGUAGAUUCCACCUUCCAAACUAUGGCAGACGCGGGAAUCAAGGUUGCGCGCACUUGGGCCUUCAACGCGGUCAACACGACAGAGCUGCCAACCGCGCUGUCAACGAACCUCACGUACUACCAGGUCUGGAACACCAGCGACUGGACUCUCAAUGAGGGCCCGCAAGGUUUACAACGCCUCGACUACGUCGUUUCGUCGGCGGCCCAGCACGGUAUAAGGCUCAUCUUGACAUUCACGAACAACUGGGUGGGCUAUGGUGGAAUGGAACUCUAUGUCUACCACAUGCUCGGCAACUCCGCUACCCACGAUGAAUUCUACACUAACCCCACCAUAAUAGCUUCUUACCAACGCUAUGUGACGGCUAUCGUGAACCGCUACGCAAGCUCCCCUACCGUCUUUGCCUGGGAGCUCAUGAACGAGGCGCGCUGCGCUGGGGAUAGUCUUCCCUCCGGUCCCGCCUGCGUUGCAGGCUCGGAGACACUGACGACGUGGUAUCAGCUCCAGUCUGACUUCGUGCGUAGCUUGGACCCGUACCAUAUGAUCACGACUGGUGGUGAAGGACAAUUUUACUGGGCACAGCCGGACGAAUACUGGUACAACGGUACUCUCGUCAGCGACCCCAACUUCAACGGCGAAGUGGGUGAGGACUUUGAGGCCAGUCUCUCCCUGCCUAACAUCGACUUCGGGACCUACCAUUUGUAUCCGCAAACCUGGUAUCCGGAGCUCGACUACCCAGGCUCGAACUUCUCUGUCAGGGACUUUGGCUUGGGCUGGAUCGGUGCUCAUGCUAACACCUCCGCUUAUGUUGGGAAGCCUGUCAUUAUGGAGGAGUUUGGUGUUACUGGACUCGACAACAAGACAGCUAUCUAUCCUACCUGGGUCGGGUAUGCCAUCGCCACUGAUCAUGCCGGUAUCCACCCGUGGCAGUUCGGCAUGUUGAAUUUGACAGAGGACGGCGGCAACCGUGUCCUCAAAUACACCGACGAUAUCUACGAAGGGGCUUCGCCGAACGACGGGUUUACGGUCUACCCCAAUCAGACCUCGGUGUGGGACAUUUUUGUCGAUGCUGCUAUUGUGCAGGAUUGGAGAGUCUGAUUGGAUGUGGACCAAGGACAUGUGAAAUACAU